AUGUCACAGGAGCAUGACAAUAAGCGUGCGGUCCUGGUUCUGCAGAAUGAGCCGGGCUAUGGCGGCCAGCGUCGCUCCUUCACCACAGAGGACGAGGCCUGGAAGUCUUUCCUGGAAAACCCCCUGACCGCUGCCACCAAAGCCAUGAUGAGCAUCAACGGGGACGAGGACAGCGCCGCAGCUCUAGGCUUGCUCUACGACUACUAUAAGGUGCCCAGGGAAAAGAGAACAAUAUCCCAGGCCAAGUCAGAUGCAAUGGUCUCUGAUGUGGAUCCCAACAAAAGACACCUGAUUCAGCCAGGGCAACCCAUAGGGCCUCUCCAAGAGACCCCCAUGCCCAACAUGGAGAGCAGGAUCCAGUUGCUCAAAACGCCCUUCAACAUACUUCUCCCCAACCAACUCACCCAGGAAAAGAGGAGCCCCUUCCCUUCACCAGACACAACCGUCACAGUUUCCAUUGCCGCUGUGCCCAACUACACGACCGUAAAGACGGAGAUGCCCACCCACGGUUUCUCAGUGACGGUCCCCAACAGCUGUACAGAGGCCGACAGCCAUGUUGGGGUCUUCGAGCGGCUUACCCACAACUCGGUCCAGUUCAGCCCCAACACCCAGUCCCGCACGCCCCCUGACUCCACCUUCUCAGAGAGCUUCAAGGACAGUUCCCAGGAGGUGUUUUCCUUCCCAGGGGAUCUCCAGUUACGCAUGGCCUCCAUCACGCCCGAGGACUACGGUGCGUUUGACACCGUGCCGGGGAACAAUUUCGAGUACACUCUAGAAGCAUCCAAGUCUCUGCGUCAGAAGACAGGCGAUGGGACAAUGACGUACCUAAACAAGGGACAGUUUUAUCCCAUCAGCCUCAGAGAGAUUGACAACAGCAAGGACAUGCAACACCCCAUCACCAAAGUCAGGAGUGUGGUGAUGGUGGUGUUCGGCGAGGAGAAGUGCAGAGACGACCAGCUGAAACACUGGAAGUACUGGCACUCCAGACAGCACACCGCCAAGCAAAGGUGUCUAGACAUCGCUGAUUACAAGGAGAGCUUCAAUACCAUCAGUAACAUUGAGGAGAUAUCCUACAACGCCAUCUCCUUCACCUGGGACACCAACGAGGAGGCCAAGAUCUUCAUCUCGGUCAACUGUCUGAGCACAGACUUUUCCUCUCAGAAGGGGGUGAAGGGCCUGCCGCUGAAUCUCCAGAUCGACACCUACAGCUACAACAACCGUAGUAACAAACCCAUCCACCGCGCCUACUGUCAGAUCAAGGUGUUCUGCGACAAAGGAGCCGAGAGGAAGAUCCGAGAUGAGGAGAGGAAGCAGUCCCGCCGGAAGGUUGUGGACAUCAAAUUGCCCCUGCUCCAGAAGCGCAACGAUGUGACCAUCUUCAAGAUGAUGACUGACUUUGAAACACAGCCUGUCCUUUUCAUCCCUGACCUCCACUUCUCCAACUUCCAGCGCCAUCCUUUCUCUACAGAAGAUGGAGAAGAUAAUUCAGGCAUGAAGAGAUUACCCUUCACUGAGGAUGACUUUGGUUCACCCCCAAACAAGUUGGCUAGAGUGGACGAACCAAAGAAAGUCCUGUUGUACGUGCGCAAGGAGGCGGAGGAGGUGUUUGAUGCUGUCAUGCUGAAGAACCCCACACUGAAAGGCCUGGUGGAGGCAAUAUCAGUGAAGUAUGAGUUGCCACUGGAAAAGGUUGGAAAAGUCUAUAAAAAAUGCAAGAAAGGGAUUCUAGUGAACAUGGAUGACAACAUCAUCAAACACUACUCCAACGAGGACACCUUCCAGAUCUCCAUGGAGGAGCUCGGGGGCAUGUACAAACUCACCCUAACUGAAAUUUGAUUGCCCUGUUAGCUAGAAGAAAUGCCAUCACCCAGUCCAGAAAGACGGAGAACAAAUGAAAUGGAGCAGUCAGUGAAGACUUGUGGUUUACAUUGCUACCCCUGCCAGUAGCCCUAACAUCAACAGCUGACUCGACCUGCAGCCAUAACCAUACUGUAUCAGUCAUUUUUGUAUCAAACAGAUAUGAACAUAGGAUGUAAAUUUUGCUGACCUGAAAGCCAAAUUUGAAAAGCUAUAGCUCUUAUUAGCAAACAGCAUUGAUUUGGCAUGUGGGUUAUAGGUUUUGACUCAUUCUAGACAUCUUGUAAAUACAAAUCAGGACUUCAAGAGUUUUUUUUUUUUUACUGUGAUAAUAGCAGUGACCAUUUGAGCCACAACUCAGUUAUUUACACUUUCAUUUUGUUAAAAACUAUGCAGAGUAUUUGUGGCACAACGAUACCUCAUGCGAUGCAAAACAACGAUCCUUCUCAUGUAAAAGGAGUAUUUGUAUAUAUGUGAGAAAUGGAGAUAGAGGCCAUGGCCAUGCAUAUGAGACAGUGACUUGUUUUUUUUGAAGCCAUAGCACUGAUUACAAUCUUUAAAGCAGGGGGUUUGUCAUGUAAAAAGGGAGACGGCGAGUUUUUGUUGCUCUGAUCAUGGAGGAUGCGGCUGUGCCUCAAUGGUUAGGUGUAUACUAAACAUUCUGGCAGUAUUUGGUGUGUAAACUCCUCUUCAGCAUCAUACCAUCACAAUAAGCACAGUGGGGGUGUCCGAGUUAUGUAGCGGUCUAUUCCGUUGCUUGCCAACAUGGGGUUCGCCAGAUCGAAUCCCCGUGUUACCUCCGGCUUGGUCGGGCGUCCCUACAGACACAAUUGGCCGUGUCUGCCGGUGGGAAGCUGGAUGUGGGUAUGUGUCCUGGUCGCUGCCUCCUCUGGUCAGUCGGGGUGCCUGUUCGGGGGGAGGGGCAACUGGGGGGAAUAGCAUAAUCCUCCCACGUGCUAUGUCCCCCUGGCAAAACCUGGCAAACCUCGUCACUGUGAGGUGAAAAGAAGUGGCUGGCGACUCCACAUGUAUUGGAGUCAAGUGGUAGUCUGCAGCCCUCCCCGGAUCGGCAGAGGGGGUGGAGCAGUGACCGGGACAGCUCGGAAGAGCAGGUUAAUUGGAUGGGUACAAUUGGGAAGAAAAGGGGGGACUCCCCCCCCCCCCAAAAAAAAAUAAAUAAAAAAUAAGCACAAUUGUCCGUUUGUCAGGAAAGUUGCCAUUUUGUGAAUAAAAGAGGUUACCAGUUAAUUUCCCCGGAUCAACCUGGAAAAACAUUGACCUCUGCCUUCCCUUGUGGAGUAAUUCGCAGACUGUCUAUGUGAUGGGUCGUUGGAUGUCUAGCACAGCAUGUGAAUUGUCCAGGAAGUGCAAUAUGAUAUUUAAGUUCAGACGCAUUGAGACAAAAACAUUCCUUCUCCUACAGCCAUAUUUGUUUUAUGCAUGUCAAAUGAUAAAACAGACACCAGUAUGUACGCAUUGUUGUAAAUUUCUGUUAAGAAUGAUAUGAUCCCUGCGUUUUUAUCUCAGUACUUAAUGUGUAUAUAUUUAUUAAAAAGAUGGAUGUGGGUCAUUUUAUACAAUAUAUAUCCAAAAUAUCUAUUUCUAUUAUUCUUAAUAAUAUAAUGUUUUUUUGUUCCUUUUUAUAUGAAGUUGUUCUAACAUUACGUGUCAAGGGAGGAUAAAUUUUUUGAAAAUGUUGCUGCAGUCUUAAUUUUUGUAAAAGCAUCUGCUGUACAAAGUGCUCAAUAAAAGCUAACCAGUGGCCGUGCUGGUUGCC